AUGUUCCUCUAUCUCAUACCUGGUCUAUUCAUGACUACACAAGUAGACGUGUCUUUCACUAUUCACCAUACCCUAAAACCAUCACAGAAACGGAAAACUUGGUGUCUAUACCUAUCUAUCUAUCUAUCUAUCUAUCUAUCUAUCUAUCUAUCUAUCUAUAUAAAGAAAGAAAGAACAGUUUUGUUCCUUGUACGCCUUCCUUAUUUCUAUGACAUUCUUUUCAAAAUUAUUUCUAUUCUUUCAUAUCUCUUUCCACCUCAUUAUACGUUUUCACUCUCAUUUCUUUUUUUUCUAUUUUUAAACUUCUUUAACAAUCACCUCUCCUUUUCACAACGUUCGCGACACGGCAAAACCCUUUCGUUCAUCAUUCAAUCUAUCUAUCUAUCUAUCUAUCUAUCUAUCUAUCUAUCUAUCUAUCUAUCUAUCUUUCAUUUUCUCCCCUCUCUCUCUCUCUCUCUCUCUCUAUAUAUAUAUAUAUAUAUAUAUAUAUAUAUAUAUUAUAAUUAA